GUGACACCUCCACCGCGAGGCACCUCCACCACCGCCUCCACCGCGAUGUCCCCACAAGACGCGUAAAAAGAUUCCCAAAGGUUUUCCAGCUCCGCCAUGUCGAGGCUGCUGGGGCCGCGGCACUACCCGCAGCCGAUGGCCGCCCAGCGGCAGCAGUCGGCGGGCGCGUGGCACCCCGCCGCACUGGGGGCCGCGCUGGGGCCGCGCAACUCCACGGCGGCGCCGGGGGCCCCGCAGCAGCAUCGGGCGUUCCCCUGGGCGGUGAGCGUCCUGGCCGGCGUGCUGAUCGUCACCAUCGUGGUGGACGUGGUCGGCAAUCUGCUCGUCAUCCUGUCCGUCUUCAGGAACAGGAAACUCAGGAAAACAGGAAACGCGUUUGUGGUGAGCCUGGCCCUGGCCGACCUCGUGGUGGCGGUGUACCCGUACCCGCUGGUGCUGACGGCCAUCUUCCACGACGGCUGGAUCGCGGGAUACCUUCACUGCCAGGUGAGCGGCUUCCUGAUGGGCCUGAGCGUGAUCGGCUCCAUCUUCAACAUCACGGGCAUCGCCGUCAACCGCUACUGCUACAUCUGCCACAGCCUGCGCUACGACCGGCUGUUCUCGGGCGCCAACACCGUGUGCUACGUGGCGCUGGUGUGGGCGCUGACCGUGCUGGCCGUGGCGCCCAACUGGUUCGUGGACUCGCUGCAGUACGACCCGCGCGUCUACUCGUGCACCUUCGCCCAGUCGGCCAGCUCGGCGUACACCAUCGCCGUGGUGGCGGUCCACUUCGUGCUCCCCAUCGCCAUCGUCAGCUACUGCUACCUGCGCAUCUGGACGCUGGUCAUCCGCGUGCGGCGCCGCGUCAAACCCGACUCGCGGGCCAAGCUCAAGCCGCACGACCCGCGCAACUUCCUCACCAUGUUCGUGGUGUUCGUGCUGUUCGCCGUGUGCUGGGCGCCGCUCAACCUCAUCGGCCUGGCGGUGGCGCUGGACCCCCGGCUGGGCCGCGCCAUCCCCGAGUGGCUCUUCACCGCCAGCUACUUCAUGGCUUACUUCAACAGCUGCCUCAACGCCGUCGUCUACGGCGCGCUCAACCACAACUUCAGGGAGGAGUACAAGCGCAUCGUGCUCGUCGUCUUCAAGUUCCACUGUUGA